GAGAGUAGAGCGCGCCUAAAUCCUAGAGAGGCGGGUCCGGAGCCUGGGGAAGGGCCUGUUUUCCGGAAGGUGUGGACGUAGGGUGGCGGGUUUGCAGCUCAGCAAACUCUCUCGUAACAGAUGAUGGAGGAAGACCCGGGCCCUGUCUGUACUCAUCACAGACCUUCAGGCAGAAGUCGGAGCUGCCCCCAGGACAUGAGGACUCCCGGGAGGCCGGUUCGCGGGAUAAUGGGGGGAGGGCAGCGUGGCGGGUAUACGCAGGCACCCCGCCACCUUCGCAGGCCACGCCUACACGGGGGAUUCUUGCCAACUCUCAGCAUCUUAGGGGAGGCAUGCAUCUGGGUGUGGGAGGGGCCCAGGCUCCAGGGCUGGCUCCGCCCCCGCGCCCUCCUAUUGGGCAACCGAGGGCGUCCUCUCAGGCCGCCUGCCUAUUGGCACGCGCGUGCAAACGCCGCGCCCCAUUGGUCUGUUCUGCUUUGGGCACGAAAUUCAAAGAUUUUAAAAGUACCAGCUGGCGCCUUUUAAGAGCUACAGCUCGGCGCCGCGGCUGGCCACCUCUCUCUUGUGGUCGCCGCCACCUCACCUGCAUUGGAACCCAAGUUUUCCGGCAUGAGCCGGCGCGCCUGCGGUGAUCUCUCCCGGCCGUCCUCCUGUCUCUGCCCUCUUGACGCGCGGACGACCGUGGACGGUUGUAAAGAAGAAAGCCCUGUUCUUUCGGUUACCAUGAAGUGUUUUAAUUGCAACCCUGAUCUUUUGGAGCUUGAGGUGGUGAAGACUGAGGACAGUGGGAGGGAAGGUUCCUACAGUCCUGUGUGUUUGGAACCUUCCUGUGACAAUUGUGUUGGAAACCAUGAAAGAUUGUCUUUUGUCGAAUCACCAAUUGUGGGACAUGAUAACAAGGAAAAUCAACGUGUACAAAAUAUACUAGAUAGUUCAAAGGAAGUGGAAGAGCUGGAGGCCAGCAGACUGUAUGAGGACAGCGGCUACUCAUCAUUCAUACAGAGUGACAGUGACGAUGGCAUCCUUAUCCUGGAGAAUUUCAGAAACAGUUCCCAGGCCCAUCUGCUGCUGUCAUCGCAGAGCCCAGACCAGCAUCCCAACAAAAACCUGCUGCCUGCCCUGCAUUUUCAAAGAGUGGUUUGCUCAACAUUAAAAAAGAAUGGCAAGCGAAACUCUAAAGUGGAUCAAGAAAUGCUGAAGGAAGUUAUUGCCAGCGGAAACAUUACACUGCAAAAUAUAAUUGGCAAAAAAAUGGGCGUGGAACACCUAGAUAUCCUGGCUGAGCUCUCCCGGAGGGGAUGUAUGCACCUGUUAGCUAAUAUUUUCAUGAAGCUCAGCGGCAUGGACUUAAUAAAUUUGUCUAAAGUGAGCAGAAUUUGGAAGAAGAUACUAGAAAGCGAUAAAGGAGCAUUCCAGCAAUACAGCAAAGCCAUGCAGAGAGUCAUUGAAAGCAAUAAGUUGUCACUACAUGCUUCAACCAGAGGAUAUGUCGUGGGCAGAACUGCACUAACCUGUGUUCAAAAGUCAUCGACCUGGGCACCUCCCAAAAAAGAUGUUCAACCCAGUCAACGUGGUCAGAGGGGUUCUGUCUACAGCCGGCACAAUGAGUUCCUGGAGGUGGCAAAGACAUUGAAAAACAACGAAAGCCUCAAAGCCUGUGUUCGCUGUAAUUUCCCUGCAAAAUAUGACCAUUAUUUAGAGCGAGCAGUCUGCAAACGGGAAAGUUGUAAAUUCGAAUAUUGUACAAAGUGUCUGUGUGCUUACCAUAACAACAAAGACUGUUUGAAUAGCAAGAACCUAAAAGCCAGCUGCAAAAUGGGUCCUUUGCCUGGAACUAAAAAGAGUAAAAAGAACUUACAAAGAUUGUGACCUUUUAGUCAGUCAACUGCAGAUUGUAAGGGCUACUUUUUAAAGAAAAGAAAAGAAAUCCGAUUUUAACUUAAAGUAAACGUAAUGUUGAUGCCUUUUGUGAAUGGAGGACAUACAGCCUCUUAAAAUAAUCACAGCUUAAUGCUUAAAAAAUUAAUUGUCCAUAAUACACCAAGAUUGACUUAUGCAAAAUUUAUUUUAUCUAUUUGUAGUUACAUGCUAAGACAAAAUUGAUUGGACUUUUUGGCAAGGGAAGUCUGGAUUUUUUAUGGAGUCUUGAAAACAGAUGUGCUUCAGUGUUAGCCUCUGAGACACGUUUUACCAAAUUUGUAUUAUGUGCCUAUCAACUUGAGUCUGUCAAUUUAAAUGUUUGUCAGUAUGAGCUUUUCAGUGUUAAAUAUCCUUUGUAGAGUCCUGUUUAUUUCUGAAGUCUAUUUUAAUGUUUUUAUGUCUGUAAAUAUCUUUUUAUGUACCAAAGAAAAUAAAUAAUUUUGUUUUGUUACGAUAA